ACCGGACCGGCUGUGAUGGGACGUUACGUGACUGUGGUUUUACCUGGUUCCGCAAAGAUCCUCACACUGUGCGAAGUUGAAGUCUACGGAUACCGUGUCCCAACUGCAGCGAACAUAGCACGCCAAGGAACAGCUACACAGUCGUCGCUGUAUCCCAAGGGAGAAGCAUAUAGAGCAAUCGAUGGGAACCGUGCCAGCAACUGGGGCAAAGGUUCAUGCAUCCAUACAAACCUGCAACUCUGCCCCUGGUGGCGAGUGGAUCUGCACCAAACCUAUAAAGUCUUUUUCGUCACCAUCACCAACAGAGAUGCACACUCAAAUCGGCUCAAUGGAGCUGAGAUCCGCAUCGGAGAUUCUUUAGCUGGAAAUGGCAACAACAACCCCAGGUGCACUGUGAUCUCCAGCAUCCCUGCAGGUGCCACCCAGAGCUUCCAGUGCAACGGGAUGAAUGGUCGCUACGUGAAUGUUGUCAUUCCUGGGAGAAAAGAGUACCUGACGCUGUGUGAGGUGGAGGUCUACGGCUCCAGGCUGGAUUUAGUCAUGAUGAAGCUCAGCGCUUUCCUGCCGUUGCUGCUCCUGAGCCUGUGCUCGGCUUCUAAAUAUCCUAACGUGGCCAUGCGUGGAAAGGCGGCCCAGUCGGACCGGUACGAGCACAUAUUUGGAUCUGCCUCCAAUGCAAUCGACGGAUACCCAGAGCCCCACUUCCACGCUGGAUCAUGCACGCACACUGACGAAGAGAGCAACCCCUGGUGGAGACUGGACCUGCUGGAGACCUACAUCAUCACAUCCAUCACCAUCACCAACCGGGGGGACUGCUGUGCAGAGAGGAUCAGAGGCCUGCAGAUCCGUAUCGGCAACUCUUUGGCCAAUCACGGUUUGGGAAACCCCAUAGCACGUACGUUAAAUAGUGCAGACACAAAAAUGACGGUGACGUUCAGUGAACGUGUGGAGGGACGUGUUGUGACUAUGGUUCUGCCAGGCGUAAGAAGGAUCCUGACACUCUGUGAGGUGGAGGUCUACGGGUACCGUGCUCCGACCGGAGAGAACCUGGCCGUCAAAGGAAAAGCCUCCCAGUCGUCAGUUUACCAGUUUGGCCUCGCGUACAACUCUGUGGACGGAAAUCGUGCCACCAAGUGGGAGCAGGGGUCAUGCAGUCGCACCAACAAGAACUUCGAACCCUGGUGGCGACUGGACCUGGGCACAACCCAUAAAGUUUUCUCCAUUAACAUAACCAAUUCAGACGACAACCCAGAAAGUCUGAACGGAGCAGAGAUCCGCGUCGGGGAUUCGCUUGACGACGACGGAAACAACAACCCCAAGUGUGGCAUGAUCGACAGCAUCCAAGCUGGUGCCACCGUAGAAGUCAAGUGUUCUGAUGGGAUGGACGGCCGCUACGUCAACGUCGUGGUCCGUGAGCGAGCAGAGUCGCUGAGUUUGUGCGAGGUGGAGGUGUUCGGCUCUCGACUGGAUUAGGUCUGCAGAGGUUUACGGUCCGUCAUCAUCUUCCACUGAUGAAGACCUGGGGUGACAGCCUGCCACCAUUAAAGCAUUUGUGUUGCUUUGCUUCUUUUUCUGGGAUCUCGUCCGUUUAAGUUUAAUGUACAAUUAUAGCAUAAGCACGUAACUUUUUUACACAACACUGACCUAUUUGUUUCACAACUUUCCAACUGUUGGUCCUUGUCUCUGCAGUAACACAGAUGUGUGACACAUUACAUGUGGUGCCAGAUGAGUAACAAUGCAUCUUUAACAAGAAUAACCACAAACCGCUGAGUUCAGCUGAUGCAAAAUAAACAAACCUACUAAAAGCAAUAACAUUUA